AUGGCUUAUGUACGACGAUUCCUGCGAGUCCCACGGAUCAGUGGACCCUUAACGGCGGACGAGCUGAGUGAAGCUCGACUGCGCCUGCUGCGGGUUACGCAGCACCGCUUCUUCGCGGAGGAAUUGGGCCGUCUGAAGCGGGGGGGAGCAUUGAUGGUGAGAUCGGCGUUGCGGCCACUCAACCCCAUGAUGGACGAGCGGGACCUCUUGCGGGUGGGGGGCCGCCUGCAAUUCUCAGCGUUACCGAUCGAUGCACGGCAGCCAGUCCUGCUACCGCGACGCUCUCGGCUCGCGACUCUCGUUGUGCGAGAUGCGCACGAACGCACGCUGCACGGGGGAGUGCAGCUUACGUUGCUCACCGUGAGGCGCGAAUUCUGGAUUCCAGCUGGGCGCUCUUUCGUGUGCCAGGUGAUCCGGGGCUGUGUGCGCUGCACACGUCAUAAGGGCACCCCGAUCACCCCGUUCAUGGCUCCGCUGCCUCGCGAUCGGGUGUUGCCUCAUCCACCGUUUUCUGCCACCGGGGUGGAUUAUGCUGGACCGGUCGCGGUGCGUCCGUCUCGAGGACGCGGACGUACCACCUCCAAGGGAUAUAUUGCUGUCUUCGUCUGCUUCAGCACGCGCACUGUCCACUUGGAGGUGGUCAGUGACUAUUCGGCCCCGACCUUCUUAGCGGCUUUUCAUCGUUUCGCGGCCCGGCGGGGCCUGCCGGUUACCGUGUACAGCGAUAGGGGGACCACAUUCGUGGGUGCGGACCGCGAGCUGCGAGGACAAUUUGAGGCGGUCAUGGCGUUGGGGGGACCGGUCGCGGCCUCCUUGAGUAACCAGGGCACCACCUGGAAGUUCAUGCCUCCUUCAGCUCCGCAUUUCGGCGGACUGUGGGAGGCAGGAGUGCGGUCCGUCAAACACCACUUGCGACGGGUAAUAGGAGAGCAGGCACUGACCUUUGAGGAGUUCGCCACUCUUCUAGCUCGCAUUGAGGCCUGUCUCAACUCCAGGCCAUUGUGUCCGUUGACGGACGACCCACAGGACUUGGAGGCCCUGACACCUGGACACUUCCUGAUUGGGCGCCGCUGUUGUGUCCGCCUGAGCGAUCCCUCGGGGACGUUCAGGUCGCGAGGAUGA